AUGCAGUGUCAGGGGCAGGAGAUGUUGGUGCUGCUGCAGGAACAGAAGCCACUAGCAGCUGUCGAGGACCUGGCUGGAGACCAGGUCCCGCCAGACAGCAGCAGCAAAACCAUCACCAGCAUCGCGAACACCAGCAGCAGCAGCCGCAGCAGUAGCACCCGCCGCCGCCGCAGCAGCAGCAGCAGUCCCAGCCGCAGCCGCCGCAGCAGCAGCAACAGCAGCAACAGCAGCAACAGCAGCAACAGCAGCAACAGCAGCAACAGCAGCAACAGCAGCAACAGCAGCAACAGCAGCAGCAGCAGCAGCAGCAGCAGCACCAGCAACCCAGCCACAGCUGUGCGCACCGAGCCACCUGUUGUGGUCGCGGCUGGUGCUGCCUCCCUGCAGCAGCUGCGCUCCGCUGCCGCCGACCUGGGCGAUGCGCGACACCACGUGGACCGGCUGGCGGGUCUGCUGCAUGAGGCGCACGCCACCCUUGGCGUGCUGCGUGGCGGUGAUGGCACCAGCGGCGGCGUUGGCGUCGCCACUGCGGAGACCGGUGCAACGGCUUGGGGCACCCUGGAACGGCAGCUUGUGGAUGUGCUGUCAGAGGUGCUGAGGGACGUCGAGGGGGAGCUGCGCGGGGUGGGUUCGAGGCUGCACGCGACGCACAACGACGUCAACGAGGCGCUGCCUGGCCUCUCGGCUGCUGUCUAUGGCAACGAGCCAGCCAACACUAGCAAUGGCGAUGAAACAGCUUCUUGGGAGCAUACUGACUAA